CCUCCGCUACAGCGCCUCCAUUUUGAAUGGCCAUGUAAUAGGGGAUUGGCAUAGUAGUUAGUGUAGCGUGUACGUGCGUGCGUGCGUAUGCAUGUGUGUGUGUCGCCCGCUGAGCUGCGUAGUGUCAACAAGCCACAGCCAAACAUCCCCUCGACAUGGACGACCUGUUCAGCCCUCGAAGGAGCUUGAACAGCACUCAAGGAGAGAUAAGAGUGGGGCCAAGUCACCAGGCAAAGCUUCCUGAGCUACAGCCUCGUCCCGCGCCUACUUCCCAGACUCCGAUGGACAGCGAGGAGUUGAUGUGGACGCCUGGCGUCAAUGACUGCGACCUUCUCAUGUACCUGAGAGCGGCCAGGAGCAUGGCAGCCUUUGCUGGGAUGUGCGAUGGAGGAUCCACAGAGGAUGGGUGUUUGGCAGCCUCUCGGGAUGAUACCACCCUAAAUGCUCUUAACAUGUUGCAUGCCAGUCAUUAUGAUGCUGCAAAAGCUCUGCAGCGUUUGGUCAAGAAGCCUCUACCCAAGCUUAUUGAGAAGUGCUGGUCUGAGGAGGACGUGAAACGCUUCAUUAGAGGCCUGAGACAGUAUGGAAAGAAUUUUUUCCGGAUUCGUAAAGACUUCCUGCAAAGCAAAAAGACCGGAGAGCUGAUCACGUUCUAUUACCACUGGAAAAAAACUCCUGAGGCCGCUGGGACACGAGCUUACCGACAACAACGCAGGCAGCCGUCGUCACGCAAAGUGAAGACUCGCUCUGCCGUAGCCCCCGUGAGCGCCCCGUCACAAAAUUACUCAGUCGAUGCAAGUUCAGCCAGCGAAGAGGACCUGGAUAGUGAAGACAGCGAGCAGGAAGUGAAGAGCUGCAGCCACUGUGGUACAACACGUUCCAAGGAUUGGCACCAAGGAGGAAGAUACAACCCAUUGCUAUGCACAACCUGCCGCACGUACGAAAACAAAAACGGCUGUCUGCCGGCAGCACCCAAAUCCUCAGGCGCAUCGUUCAUGUUUAAGCCUGUCAAGGAGGAAGAGGAGGGGAACAGUAAACACGGCAUGAGGACACGGCGAAGCAGAGCACCUCAGUUGUCAUCAUUAAGAAGUGGCCACAGAAGGCUCACGGGCUCCCCCACCAGAGAGGAUCAGCAGGCCAGCAGUAACAACUCGCAGAGUGGAGUGAGAGGGUCCACGGCAGACCGUAAGAAUGACUCCACCAAGAAGACCACCAAGAAAGUGAAAGAGGAGGCAGCCACACCAAAGACGAUGAAACGGGUCAGGGAGAGUCCUCCUCAGCGGCCUGGCGAGCCUGAGAAAGUCAAACCAAAAAGGCCAAAGACACAGGAUCCGCAGGACUCCCGCUCUGAGAUGGAAGCCGAGGUGGAGGAGGAGAGCUCCUCGGAAAGCCGCAGCGCUCAGGACGACGGCAGCAGUGACACCAAAGACAUUGAUCAGGACAACCGCAGCUCCUCCCCCAGCAUUCCCAGCCCACAGCGGGGCAACGAGAGCGACUCCGACUCGUCUGCCCAACCGAGCGCCGUCCCUUUGGAGCCUGCUGCUCAGCCGGCCGCGCAGAUUGACCAAGUGCCCCUGCAGGCGCCACCUGCACAAGGCGCUGCUGUUAUUCCACCGGAAAGCACCCACCCUGCUGGCCCUUCUCCAAGCCCAUCCCCUCCGUCUCCAGAGCCAUGUCAGGCACUACCUGGGGAGUCUGCCAAUUUAGGCCCAGGCAGCCGCCGAGCACCCAGCCCUCAUUCUCUCUCCGGUGCACCACCUCUUCCGCCAGCAGUGGAUUCUUCUCUUUCGUCUGCCUUUCAGGUGCCACCGGCUGUCAGUUCCUCACAGCCACCACCCACCCAGCGACCCCCGCCCUUCUUUAGGGAGUCACAACUCCAAAUCAAGCCCCCUCCCACCACCCCGAUUCCACCUUCCCACAAACAGAUACCAAACCAGUCCGCUCCACCCUUCCCCCAUAUGCCCUCCAACCUUCCACCUCCACCUGCUCUCAAGCCCCUCAACUCUCUGCCCAACCAGCAUCCUCCAGGUGCACCCCCUCCCCCGCUACAGCUCAUGCCACAGCCUCUGCCUGUGCAGCCGCUUUCUGGGCAGCUUCCGGUCAUUUCACAGGUGCAGGCUGGAAAGAGUGUGAGCACCCCUCAUCCAUUCGGCGCGGCCUCGCAGCCCCUCGCUUCCACCGUGUCGUCUUCCGCCGGCCCCGUACUGAGCCUGCAGCCUUCGUCCUUCCCGUCUGUUCCGCUGAGAUCGUCGUCGAGUGCCACAGUGGUUGCGUCACAAGUUCAGAUUAAAGAGGAGCCGCUCGAUGAGUUGGAGGAAGCUGUGAGCCCGCAGUCUCCGCCUCGCAGUCCCUCACCAGAGCCCACCGUCAUUAACAUGGCGAGCCACGCCAGCCAGUCGGCACGGUUCAUUAAGCAUCUGGAUCGCGGGUACAACUCCUGCGCUCGGACUGAUCUGUUCUUCACGCCGCUCUCCUCCUCCAAGCUGGCCAAGAAAAGAGAGGAGGCCAUAGAGAAGUCUCAGAGAGAGGCGGAACUCUGCGCUCGGCAAGAGCGUGAACGGGAGAAGGAUCGAGAGCGAGAAGCAGACAGAAACGCAAGAGCCUCCAGUUCCUCCCACGACAGCCGCAUGAGUGAGGCUCAGAUGGCAGCUCACGGACGCCCCGUGUUUGAGCAGCCACCCACCACCGUUGCUGCUGUGCCCCCCUACAUCGGCCCUGACACUCCAGCCCUGCGCACGCUGAGUGAAUACGCCCGACCCCAUGUCAUGUCGCCCACCAACCGCAACCACCCGUUUUAUGUGUCCCUGAGUCCCGGGGACCCCCUGCUGGCCUACCACAUGCCCGGGCUGUACAGCGCCGAGCCCAGCCUAAGAGAGCGGGAGCUGAGGAACCUCCGCGAGAGAGAGCUCCGUGAGAGGAUGAAGCCCGGCUUUGAGGUCAAGCCUCCUGACAUGGAAACCUUACACCCGUCCGCAAACCCCAUGGAGCACUUCGCCAGGCACGGGGCCCUGGCUCUGCCCCACAUACCCGGACCUCACCAUCACUUUGCGCCCUUUCACCCCGGGCUCAACCAUCUGGAGCGAGAGAGGAUGAUGCUGGCCGGGGCUCAGUUGCGUCCGGAACUGAGCUAUGCCGAGCGCCUCACUGCAGAGAGGCUCCACGCAGAGAGGAUGGCUUCUGUGGCCCAGGACCCCGCCAGCAGGCUGCAGAUGCUCAAUGUGACGCCACAUCAUCACCAACACUCGCACAUCCACUCUCACCUCCACCUCCACCAACAAGACCCCCUCAGUCAAGGUUCAAGCCCUCAUCCUCUGGUGGACCCAUUGGGACCUGGACCACGUCUGGCCCGUUUCCCUUUUCCUGGAGGCCCCAUCCCAAACCCUUUGCUCGCUGAUCUUCCUCAUGACCACGAGAUACUGCGUCACCCUUUGUUUGGUGCUGCGUACCCUCGGGAGCUGCAGGGUCCUAUUCCUCAGAUGUCAGCCGCACACCAGCUGCAGGCCAUGCACGCUCAGUCUGCAGAGCUGCAGAGAAUGGCCAUGGAGCAGCAGUGGCUGCAUGGGCAUCACUUGCAUGGAGGCCCACUGCCCAGCCAGGAAGAUUACUACAGCCGUCUGAAAAAAGAAGGCGACAAGCCGUCGUGAGAACCGGUACUUCACACCGAGUACUCUUCAUCUUUGUUUUGAUAUAUUUUACAACAUAUUUGUCCAUUCCUCCUUCAGCACUUAAUAGGACUGCUUAAGUCUGGCCAAGAUGUUCACUUUCUACUUUUAUGACCAAUCUCACGCAUCUGUGUGAGAUUUCAAAGUGAUGGACUUUAACCAACUUGCUGUUUAACAGUUUCAUAUUAACUUUGCAAAAACGCAGCUCUUGUAAUCCGGAAGCAGACUUUGGCAAGACCUUAAAUAUAUAUGAUUGUGUAUAAAUGAUUUUCUUGUACAGAAUGACAUUCAAACCGCUGUUUGAAUGAGUGUUAACGACCUCGCAUGACUCAAACUAGAGUAGCAAGUGGCAUCACGUCGUGUUUAGACUUUAAAAAGAAUAGCAGAGGUUGGCUUUACGCUCUAACUCUGAUAAAUAUUUGUCUAAAUCCUAAACUUUUAUAUAUCAAGAUAUCUUUUCACAGUAUGAACUAAGCUUUAUUCACUCCCUUUUGAGCCUGUAAAUAUUACAUGUUGACCAUAUUCUAUAUGAAUGAGUACUCUUAGCAGUAGAUGUAAUCCUUGGUUAAAGCAGGAUACCUUAUAUUGUACCACUAUAUCAUGAUAUAAUAUGGUAAUUAUUCAUUAGAUCAUCAUCUGUCCACACAGGAAGCUUUUGUGGUUUGAUACAGAACAAGAAAAUUGGAGACAAACUGAAUAUUUUAAUUGAUUUUGUGAAAAAAACAACUCACUGCCUUGAAAUUUGAUAUUUAUGUGACCUCAUAUAAAAUGUAUCCAUUGCAUAUUUAUUUCAAUAAAUAUAU